UAUGGGUCAAACCGCUUGAAUAUAAUUGUUCUACAAAUGUUGCAAAUAUUUUCAAUCGUAUAUUAAUUCUUGGUCAUUGGUCAGCUUGUAUUUUCAAAUUGAAAUAAAGUGGCUAAAAUACGGCUCGAACCUGAUGUCCUUCAUCAAUUGCUGUGGGAGAGGUAACUUCAAGCCGAACUCCAUUAGAUUGAAGUAUAUUAUGCUCUCCAAGUCGCUGGUGAAUAAAAUUCUUUCGAUUAGUGAGUUUAGAGUUCCUAUCCGAGACAGUCGUUGAUUUUUUGAUCAGUAUGGCUACCUUUGGCUUAGAAAACAAGAAAAACAAUCCUUUGGAAGAACUUUACGCCAAAAUCGCUCGAGAUGAUCUCCAGGAAACGGAAGAAAAUCGUAAACAAUCGUUGGCGCAAAUGCGCGAGUGGAUCGCCAAACAUCCGUUGAUUAGAAAGUGUCGCACGGAUUCGGUGUUUUUGCUACGGUUUCUAAGGAUGCGCAAGUUCUCCGUCCCACGGGCUCAGGAAACACUCGAGCGUUACCUGGCGAUGAGACAAACCUUUCCGCAGUGGUUCGCCAAGUUAGAUCCAGACCAGAAGGACAUGAAGCAACUACUGGACGAUCACAUGUUUCAGUUUUGGGGGCGUGACUCCAGGGGGCGGACAGUGAUUAUGGCACGGCACAAAAACUUCAACCUGGAUCGGUUCAAUUCAGUCCAAAUGGCUCGCAACAUGUUUCUGUUUUUGGAAACCCUCGCCGACGACGAGGAAACGCAGAUCGGAGGUUAUGUUGUCGUUUUGGACUACGCGGACAUUUCGAUGCAGUUGUUGGCGUUGUGGUCCUUGACCGAGGUGCGCAACGCGAUAGAGUGCGUGAAUAAAUCGCUCCCGAUGAGAAUCAAGGAGGUGCACGUGGCCGGAUUUCCUAAGCUGGCGGUCAUGAUUGGCGAUUUAGCCAUUUCUUGUCUCAGCCAAAAAUUGAAGGAGCGAUUGUUUGUAAGUGGAUAGCUGUUGACAUAUUUUUUUUUGCAAGCAGAUUCAAAUAAUUUUGAUGUUUCGAUCGCUUUCUUACUACAUCCUUUUGGUAAAUCUGUCAUUGUUUGCUGAAGAGCAGACGAUGGAGGCCUGUACUUUGGUCAUCAUUCAAUGUCUGCGUAGUUUGGUUUGAGUGUACUGGAAUUGAAAUAGACUCUAUUGAGCGAGUUGUGGCGCUAUAACUACGGCAAAU